CAGGCUCAGUUUUAGAAGAUGCCUGGAAAGAAAAAGGAAAGAAUGAUAUGGAGGAAAUGAUUCAGAGAAUUGAAAAUGUUGUGUUAGAUGCAAACUGUAGCAGAGAUGUGAAACAUACACUUCUGAAACUAGUAGAACUGCGAUCAAGUAACUGGGGUAGAGUUCAUGGAAAUUCUUCACAUACAGAAGCUACCCCUGAAAAUGAUCCAAACUAUUUUAUGAAUGAGCCAACAUUUUACACUUCUGAUGGUGUUCCUUUCACUGCAGCAGAUCCAGAUUACCAAGAAAAAUACCAAGAGCUGCUUGAAAGAGAGGAUUUGUUUCCAGAUUAUGAAGAAAAUGGAACAGAUCUAUCAGGACCGGGAGAUCUGUAUUUUGAUGACAUUGAUGAUGAGAUGGAUCCGGAAAUUGAAGAAGCAUAUGAAAAAUUCUGUCUAGAAUCAGAACAUAAGAGAAAGCAGUGAGAUGUUACACAUUAAUGUUAGUUUAUUAAACCAGUUUAGGUAUGGUUAGAAUACAGGGGGACACAAAACAUUUGUACCAAAAUAAGGAACCUGAGUUUCUCCAACUACUAAAGUUAUACGAUUUCUGUUUUGUUUAACAGAAUCUGCCAAAAAUUGUAAACUUAUGCCCUGUAAGUUAAGAUGUUGUGUAUAUAUCAUAGUUUAUUUUAUGUACAGGUAUAUGAACAAUGUUUUGGCUGCAAUAAAAAUUACUUUAAAAUUAUCAUAAUUGAAAUUAAAAUUUGAUGGUGAACCAUCCCAUAAAAUUUACUUUGAGGGAGAAAGGGGAAGAAUAAAUUGACCUAAAUUUAAUUGCU